UUCUUCCUGCUCUCUCCCUGCUCACUUCCUGUUCUCUUCCUGCUCUCUACCUCCUCACUUCAUGUUCUCUGCCUCCUCACGUCCUGUUCUCUGCCUGCUCACUUCCUGUUCUCUUUGUUUUUUUUCUCUUCAUCCUCAGGCUUUUAGCAUCAUUAUUUGUUUUCAGAGGUUCUUGUGUGAUAUUUAGGCUUAUGCCUGUGAUUAAUAAUGAAGUACAAUGCAAGGCUGCAGGUGACAGUAAAGCGUGUUCUUACUGCCCAGUCGCAUGGAGAUCCAUCAUCCAGCAGCAGGUCAGCACAGCAUAACGCAAGUCCCCCUGGGGGACACCGGUCUGCACAUGCUCAGUGCGCUAAACACGCAAAACCCCUUUUAUCAUACAAGUCUGGUUAGGCCUGAUAUCCUGAUUUUAGCUUUGAUGAUAAUCUGUCCACUCAAUUUAUAUCCACCCUUUAUCUACAUAGCUCAUUUGAAGGCCUAAUCUUUCACACAAACAUCAUUCUUUUUAUAUAUAAAGCCAUUUUGGGUAAAGUCCCCUCAUAUCUGUAUAGCUUCCUCCCCUCCACCUGCACUUAUCAGUCUUGCUCCACCAGAUGGCUGCUCUACCAGGUACCCAGGGUCUGCUCGGAGACCGGUAAAACAGCCCUCUCUUAUUUUGCGCCUUGGUCAUGGAAUAAUCUUCAAAAUACUCUUCAUUUUAAUAAUCUUGUCUCUAGGGGAGUUCAGAGCCAUGAUCAAUGACUGUGUAAUUGAAGUGCACAUGCUUUUCCUCAGCUGAAUCUACUAUUGUAUGUCUACUCUGUAUAUGCCCUAUUGCUUUUAGUUUUUUUUUCAUACUCUUAUAACCGUAGUGGUGUGCGGUCUUGGCCAGAUCUCUCUUGAAAAAGAACUUAUUAAUCUCAAGGGACUUUCCUGGUUAAAUAAGGGUAAACUAAAUAGAUUUUAAAAAUAUAUAAUAAACAUAAAAUGGUACAUAAUGAUUCUCAAGGAAUGCAGAAAAGUAAAGGAUAAAACGAGAAUAAAAGAAUGUUGAACAGCAGCUCUGCACACGCCUUUUCGCUGUGGUCUUUAACCGGGCAUUCCGGUUCAGCCUGAAGUUUAGUCAUAGCGUGCAUUCUUCCCCGCCUCCUUUCGCUCGAGAGGUUUCACUGAAACUGGCUCCGCAGUCACUCCUCUGCUUUCUGAGCUUCAGCACACGUCGGAAUGUCACGGUCCAGCAUCGCGGGCGGCCGAGGCCGAGACCGGGAACGGGAACGGGACCGGGACCGGGACCGGGACCGCCGUGGCACUCUGGGAAAAACAGGGAAGUCGGCUACUUUGAACGGCGGUGGUGGUGGUGGUGGCGCUCGAGCCCCUCCCGCCGCCGCUGCUGCUGCCGCCGCCGCUGCCGCCGCCGCCGCCGCCGCCGCCCCCGCACCCGGAACCGUGCUGUGCGAUAUCUGCACGGGGACCAAGCGGCGGGCCACCAAGUCCUGCCUGGCCUGCCUGGCCUCGUACUGCGAGGGGCACCUGCAGCCGCACUACGAGUACCCGGCCCUGAUGAAGCACAAGCUGGUGGGCCCCGCCGGGCAGAUCCAGGAGAAGAUCUGCUCCAACCACGACAAGCUGCUGGAGGUGUACUGCCGCACGGACCAGCAGUGCGUCUGCGUGCUCUGCAUGAUGGAGGAGCACAAGAACCACGAGAUCGUCUCUGCCGCCACGGAAAGGACCGAGAGACAGAAGCAGCUUGGGGCCACAUUACUGAAGUCACAGCAGAGAAUCCAGGGGAGGGUGAAGAAGUGGCAGGAUCUGAAGCAAGCAGUGGCAGCCGUCAAGAACUCUGCGCAGACGGCCAUCGAGGAGAACGAGCGGAUUUUCACAGAGCUGGUGCGGUCCGUCCAGCGGUGGCACGCGGAGGUGAAGCAGCAGGUCCUGGCCCAGGAGCGGGCGGUGGUGACCCGGGCCACGUCGCUCCUGCACCAGCUGGAGCAGGAGGUGUCCGAGCUGAGGAGGAGGCACGUGGAGCUGGAGCAGCUCUCGCACUCCGACGACCACAUCCACUUCCUGCAGAGCUGGCAGAUGCUCUCCUCCCCCUCUGGGUACGAGGACAUCUCCAGCAUCAAUGUGGACCCACACUCGUCCUUCGGUCCGACGAAGAAAGCCAUCUCUGAACUGAAAGAACGGCUGGAGGAGACAUGCAAAGGAGAGCUGGCCAAUAUCUCAGCCACAGUGAAAGAGGUCAAUGUGUUGCAGGCUGACGAACCCCGGACCAGAGAGGACUUCUUACAGCAUUCCUGCGAGCUGAGACUGGACCCCAACACGGUGCAUCGCAGCUUGCGGCUGCUGGAGGGCAACACGGCGCUGGAGAUGGUGAGCGAGCCGCUGCCGUACCCGGACCACCCGGGCCGCUUCGCCAACUGGCAGCAGGCGCUGUGCCGGGAGGGGCUGUCGGGCCGGCGCUGCUACUGGGAGGUGGACUGGAAGGGCACCGAGGUCGACAUCGCCGUGUCCUACAAAGGGAUCAGCCGGAAGUCCAGCGGCAACGAGUGCAACUUCGGCUGGAACGACAAGUCGUGGAGCCUCUACUGCUCCGAGGCCAAGUGCGCCUUCGUGCACAACAACGCCAGCACCACCGUGCCCUUCCCCGGCUCCUCGCGCAUCGGCGUCUUCCUGGACUUCCGGGCCGGAAACCUGGCCUUCUACAGCGUGACCGACACCAUGACCCUGAUCCACAAGGUCCAGACCACGUUCACGGAGGCCCUCUACCCGGGAUUCGGGGUGUGGGGUUUCGGCUCCACCGUAAAAAUAUUUUAGCUGCGGGGAAACGAAAGGCAAAACGGGGGGUAUUCCAGUACAGGUGGGGCCCUUAAAAAGGUAGUGUGGUAGUAGGGCAGUAGUGUGGGCGGGGAGGGGGUCUGUUGUGUGGUAGUGGGUAGUGGGGCA